AAAGAGAAGAGAAGACAAGAGAAGAGAGAGAGAGAGAGAGGGAGGUGUAAAUCUGAAGAAACCAAACAGCGUGCAACGGGCUGAAGCAUCCCAUCAUCAUCACCAUCAUCAUACUCUCUCUCUCUCUCUCUCUUCUCUUGUUUAUAGACACACAUGUAUAUCAGAGAGGAGUUGAUGAAUAAAGCUAGAAAGGAGAGGAGUUGGGCUACACUCUGCUUUUUUUAGUUUUUCUUUCUUUCUCUUCCUUUUCUGAAGGGGUAAAAAUGGCUGACGAUUUCUGUUUAUGCAUCAGGGAUACUAUAAUUACGAAGGCUCCAAAGAAACCCUCGUUGGUGUUGAGAAUGAUUGUCUUGACAUUUGCAAUGCUAUGUGGUCUUUAUAUCUGCUCAAUCUGUCUAAAGCAAAUCAGUACCCGCACAAAUUUUGGAUUGCUAAAUGUUCAAGUGAUCCAAAGACCGUGUGAGCCACCUAUUAUAGAAACAUGGGAAAAACUUUAUGUGCAUUACCCGCAACCCAAAACUUUUAGCAGGGAUGAGUGUAAAUGCAACCCGGUGAGAUAUUUUGCCAUUCUCUCUACUCAGAGAUCCGGGAGUGGAUGGUUUGAGACAUUAUUAAAUAGUCAUAUAAACGUAAGCUCCAAUGGAGAGAUUUUCUCUGUAAAAGUCCGGAGGACUAAUAUCUCAACAAUAGUCGAAACUUUGGAUAAAAUCUACAAUCUUGACUGGUUGACCAGUGCUUCCAAGAAUGAGUGCACCGCUGCAGUUGGCUUGAAAUGGAUGCUUAAUCAGGGUUUAAUGCAGCAUCAUGAAGAAAUUGUAGAAUAUUUCAAUACCAAGGGCGUUUCAUUGAUUUUUCUCUUCAGAAGAAAUCUUCUGCGCAGGAUGAUUUCAAUUCUUGCAAACUCUUACGAUCAAAAUGCGAAGCCACUGAAUGGAACACAUAAAUCUCAUGUGCAUUCAUCCCAUGAGGCAGAAAUACUUGCAAGUUAUAAACCUACAAUCGAUACAACACUGCUGAUCCCCAAUCUGAGGCAAGUAGAGGAAAUGACUGCCAAAGCUUUAGAAUACUUCAAGAGCACCCAACACAUUAUCCUAUACUACGAGGACAUAAUAAAAAAUUCCACCAAAUUGAAGGAUGUCCAAGAUUUUCUGAGGGUUCCACAGAGGGAUCUGAAGAGUCAGCAAGUGAAGAUACACAAAGGUUCAUUGUCCCAACACGUUGAGAACUGGGAUGAUAUCCAGAGGGCACUCAACGGAACGCCAUAUGAAAGCUUCCUCCAUUCAGAUUAUAACAUGUAAAACUUGCGUGCGCCCCACUGUAUAUAGCACAUUUAACCUAAUUCUUUAUUUUUUUUAGGGGUAGGAACCGAUAGUACACCCACCAACCUUGCUGAAAUUUUAGCCACAGCACUUGCCUGUUGCUUCCAUGCUGUGAUUGCUUUCUCUGAAUUUGAUUCACCUUUCUUUUCUUUUUUUUUCUUUGUGAGGGAUAAACAUUGUAGUUGAACUGAUCUAAAAAUAGGAAGAGAUUUCACCUGGCAA